ACACAAAGCAUCCCCAUUUCCAACACUUGUGCAUCCCUAACAAAUCUCUAAUCAAAAUCCCUCACCCCACCCAUCCUACUGUUACACACAUUAUUGUCUGUGUCUGUAGUGUUCCUUAUCAUAUCAGUAUUUAGGUUUUUGAUAACAAUAUUUUGUAUUUUUAAGAUAAGACGCUAAUAAAGGCCGUCAAAAUUACUUACUACUCCAAAUACAACGGCAACUUAUCCGCCACCAUGGCUAAGCCAGUACUGUAUUCGUACUGGCGAAGCUCAUGCUCCUGGCGGGUCCGAAUCGCACUGAACCUGAAAGAGAUUCCUUACGACAUCAAGGCUGUAAGCCUGAUCAAAGGAGGUGGGGAGCAACAUUGCAAUGAAUACCGGGAAGUGAAUCCAAUGGAGCAGGUGCCAUCACUUUGUAUAGAUGGCCAUACUUUGGUGGAGUCUCUAAGUAUAAUGCACUACUUGGAGGAGACAAGACCGCAGAGACCGCUCAUGCCACAAGACUGUUUCAAGAGGGCCAAAGUCAGAGAAAUUUGUGAAGUGAUAUCUUCAGGCAUUCAGCCACUCCAAAACCUGAUAGUCCUGAUAUAUGUGGGUGAAGAAAAAAAGAAAGAAUGGGCAGGGCACUGGAUCACCAGGGGCUUCCGUGCUGUGGAGAAGCUGCUGUCAGCUUCUGCGGGAAAGUACUGUGUUGGGGACGAGAUCACCCUAGCCGACUGCUGUCUUGUGCCACAAGUUUUUAAUGCCAGAAGAUUCCACGUGGACCUGCGGCCGUUCCCGAUAAUCCUGCGCAUCGACCGCGAGCUGGAGAACCACCCCGCCUUCCGCGCCGCGCACCCCUCCUCGCAGCCCGACUGCCCGCCCGAGGUCGCCAAGUAACCGCCAACACCAACGCUACCCACUUAUCAUUAACCCUACAACACUGGGCCACCAUUUUAAAAAUAGAAAUGACUAUAUGCUUAUGAUAGGAAUAAGUAAUUU